AACGUGGGCCAAGCAAAUCGUAGCGCACGGAAACUGUUUCACGUUACGACGAUGAUCGUCACCGUUUAACGUUCGCAUAAUGGUGUUUUCCUCUUUUCUCUGAAAGUGCUUGUUGCAAUGAAUGCAUUCUACCGGCAUUUUAUGCGCGCACUGCGAUGCCUGCCGCCGUCUACUCGCAUGUGUAGCCUGAGGCGGGCUAUGCAUAUUUCGGCUAAACUGAGUUGCCAAGACCAGGACAUUGAUAACGGAACGUCGUCUGACUCGGAGGAACUCGAUGCACUCCUAGCAAAGUACCCUUACAAAACUGUGCUCAUACCGGACGUCUCUGACGCGCAGCUUCAGCGGCUGUUGUCCUCGGAGACACCGUCGGAGCUGUUUUCGUCCGUGUCCGAGCUUGGGACGCCAUGUCCACUGGUGUAUGCUGCGCAAGCCAUCGUGUCCCUGUGGGAUCUUAAAAAACUCACAAGAGCCACGAACGAGACCUUCGAUGCCGCAGCAGUGCUUUCCUCACCAGGCUUUGACUCUUUGGUGGAUCAACUUCAAUGCGAGUGUGGCUCACUGACCAACAGCUGCCUCACAGCUGUGCUUGUUUCGCUGAAGAGGCUACUUCAAGAACCUUCAAUUCCCAUUUAUCACACGCUACUUCGGGAAGCCGCCUCGCGAUGCUCAUCCUUUAACCUUCAAGAUCUUUCACGCUUCAUUGUUAGCCUGAACCAAUCGAGAAAUGUCAAUCUCACGUACCAGUGUCUUUCCAUUUCACGGCUGCAGGAGUUGCUUCCGUCUUGCAGUACGGAGCAGGACUUCAAGUGUGCCGCAAUUUCACUGAGGCGCCUACUUCACCUGUCAUCACCGUCUCUCAUUGCUACCUUCUGCGGUAAGGCCUUCGAGAUUCUGACCCCUGCAUCACAUGCUCACACACUUCUUCGUAGCUUACCGGUUAUCUGUAACGAGCCUCAGGGUAGCUUUCGUGACAGUUGCAUGUCCAAAGUCCUCACUUACGUCGACCCGCUGAUAGCUUCGUUGGAUGUAAAGGACCUUUCAUCUCUCGCCAACGUGGUAUCCGACACUCAUUGCAAUGCUAGUAACACGAUUAAGUUGAUCCAAGAACGAGCACUGCAGCUCUUCAGGCAAGCACCGUCUGUGUCUCUUGUGCAUUCUCUCGUCAUGGGUCCCCGCCUGCAGCAGCCAGAACGCCAUCAGAUCGAAAGUUCUCUUCACCAAAUUUUGAAGGCAGGCCUUUCGCAUCGCAGUGUCACCGAUUUUGCAGACAUAGUCACGUGGCUUCCCGUCAGCAGUUUCAGUUUGCUGUCCGCAUUCUGGAACGCGGCGGCGGACCUGUCCAAUCCGUCACUGAUGAUCCUCAUAAGACGUUAUCUUUCCUGCUACCACCAGACUCGCUUUCGUAGUGAGUCUUUCGAGUCCGUCGUGCUGGAGUGGAGCAAGGAAGAAUUGGAAAGCUCGUGGAAGCUCGCAGCGGUCGCCCUGGCGGCGCAGUUCCUGCUGACGUUCAGACUUUCGGAACUGAGCUCCGAGAACGUCUGCCGGCUCAGCUCACUGUCGGGCCGCUUCCGAAACUGGUCUCUGCUAGAACUCUCCCUGGGCCUUAAGGCAGCAGAACGGGCAUCGUUUAGUAAGCUGAGGAGUGUCACCACUCUCUCCCCCGCACUAAUGGACCUAAAGACAGACAUUCACAGGGUGGUCUCCAAACGAGUGGAAACAGUUGAAGAUCUAGCCGAACUGACUGUGUUGUCUAUCUGUAGCAAAGUACUGUGGUCGUCGAGAGGACAUAACAUCCAGCUGAAGGAGUGCAUCGCAACCAGGUCAGCGGCCUUGAUGGAAGGUGGCUCUCCCCGAUCUCUGGCGUCAUUCUGCAAAGUGCUGACUGCAGAACGGUUAUGGCUUCCAGACUACUUGAACCGGCUAGUGGCUCGCGCAGUGGAGAAGCCGGAUUGGUUAUUUCCUAUUACCUUGUGCCACUUACCCUAUGCUUGCUUUAUUAGUGGCCUGGUUCCCGACAAGGCGGAACAGCUUGCAAAGGUUGUCAGCCCCUUUGUUCUCAGCAACUUCGAUGACCUGCCAACUCCAGAGGUGCUCCAGACAGCAGUGGCCCUGGGCUUCUUCCAGUGCUUGGGAAGCGACUUGAUCCAACGUAUUUUUGCUCUGCCCUUUAUGGAGCGCCUGGAUCGUGAGCUGACCAGAUCUGUUGGGAACGAGCGCACUGAUCACCACGUGCGAGAGCUUCUGGCCACCCUCAACCGUAUUGCCUGCCUGGACUUUCCAGAAGAGCACGUGCCUUGGUUUCACGACCAGUUCUACGCGACACGAGCCGUAAAUGCUCGAAGGCACUUGACUGCCCUGCAAAAAGACGUUCAAGACAACCUGGAGCACGUCCUAGGUGGAAGCCAGUUUGUGCAGAGACACGUGUUUGCUCCGUAUGGCUACCUCCUUCAACUCUCCUGUGAGUUGGACGCUGCAAAGACGCCUGUUCCGUUCAGCAGCAGCACCAGGGAACACCACCGGCUGCCAGAAAGUCAAGCUCCAGCAGCCUUCCAUAGAGCUCAUAAAAGGAUCGCUGUGCUCGUCCUGGGAGAGAAGAGCUUCUGUGAGAACUAUCCUCAGAUUACGGGCUACCAGCAACUUAAGAUAAGGCACCUUGAGAUUCUUGGUUACCAGCUGGUUCUGGUGCCAUUCUACGAGUGGAACUCAAUGAAGUUGGCCGAGUCAAGUGCCAAGCAAGACUACCUCCAUGGCAAGAUAUUUGGCAUCAGCUAACAAAUA